GGUAGUCAGAAUUUUCAAAAAAUCGAUUUUUUUUUUUUUUGCAUUUUCUUAAAGUAUAAUAUUUUUAAAAUAUUGUGUGAAAAUUUGAAGUGAAUCCGACAAAUUCUUUUCGAGUUAUUUAACAAUGACCAAAGGACGCUCGGGUGCUACGUGGCAUUCGAGAGCAGGUAGCUAGAAACAGCUGCAAGCAACCGACCUUUCGGGUUUCAUUGUCAUGAAUAUCUCCCCAUUUUAAUGUAGUACAAGAACUGAAAAAUAAUUUUUGGUUGCCAGUAUACCUGUAGUCGUUGCACUGAUCAGUCGAUAGUUUUGUGAUAAAUUAUUUCUCAAGUGAAUUAAAUUAUUAACCAUGGGACGUGAUUCUAGAAAGGUUUCAAGAGAACUUCGGAGUUCUGAAAAAAUUAAUAAGUCGCGUUCAGUCAAAAGAAAGAAUGUUUUUAAUCCGAAAACAGCCGAACGUGAUGAAAGUAUUCAGAGUACAUCUUCUAAAAAAUUAAAACAAAACACUGAAGAUGAUGUACCUGAAGACAGCAGUACUGAAUUUCGAAUAAUAAAUUUGAUGAAAUUCGAGUGAUGAAAAACCGAAUCAUGAUAUGUGUCCAAAAGGCGAAGAAUCUUGGUGCUCUUACCAGCGCGCUGAAGCAAGAGGAGAGCUUGAUACCUAUUCUCACGAUUAUUCUCCCUUACCUUCUGAUGUUUUAAAAGCUAUCAAGCCUAUAUACGAAGGUCUUAGUAAUGAAAAUUUACUUUCAAGAUGUGUAGGUGGAUUCAAUCAGAAUAAUAAUGAAAGCUUUAACCAACUAGUAUGGAAAAUAUGCCCAAAAACGGUAAAUACUAGUUUUACUGUCGUACAAAUAGCUGCAUACGUUGCUAUGUGUAUAUUUAAUGAGGGUAUAAAUUCAGUAUUAGUCUUGAUGAAUACACUAGGACUUAAUUGUGGGCCUAAUUCUCAUCGGUAUGCAGAAAGAAUGGAUGCUGCACGUAUCAAAGUAGCAGAUAAGCGCGCUAAUGAUAACACCCGAGAAGGUCGAUUGCAACGUAGGCACCAGCAAAUCAAUAUUUUGGAAGCUGCUAUGACGGCUGAAGAGCUAUUAUAUGGUCCAGGAAUAGAUGACUCAGUAUGAAUCUCCAAGGACUUAUGAUGAUCACCGCAAAGGACUUCGGGAGGAACGGGCUCUACAAAAACAGCGAUAACUUUUUGAAUUAUUAAUUUUUUUUUUUGAAAUUUUCGUGAAGUCAAAUCGAAACGUGUUCUAAUAAAGCUAUGUUUUUAUUUUUGUCAAAUAAAGUAAUUAACUACAAAAAAAAAAUUAUUGAAAAUCAUCAUUUUUUCAGGCCUCUGAGUACCCCUA